AUGCCAGCUCUUCCUCAUUUUGGUGGCAUGAAAGUUCUUCCUCAUUUUGGUGGCAUGGCUCAAAAGGUUGUUGGGAUAGUUAAAAAGUUCGGAAAGGAGGUGGUUUCUAGUCCUAAUGCGAUAGGGUUCUGUGCUAGCAAUACCCUUUCGAUUUUGAUAGCUGUGAAACAAAUGGAACAAGCAAGAAAUGCUGAUAAGCAGAAUGAGUUAAACCAUGAUGAAAGAUAUAGAGAGGUGAAGAUGACUGUCAGAGAGAGUGAAAGAAAGGUUAUAUUGGCAGUAAAAAAAGAAGCUGCUCAGCCCACCAAAAAUUUGAAGGAGUUGAUGAAAAUCCAUGACAAACAAUAUUCAUCUUCUUGGUUUUGGACUGACAAAAAGACCGACAAAAGGGUCAACCUUCUCCAAGCGAAACUAGAAAGUUUUCAGAAGGAGGCUGAGGUGAAGGAUAAGAUGUAUCUGGAUGCCAUUGAGGUGCUUCAGUUUGCAGGGGUUGAAAAAUUCACCCCCGAGGUGGGUGAACAACUUGACAUGGAAAAACAUUCUGUCGUUCAUCUUGUACUUGAUCUAAAGAAUCCUCCGGGCAUGAUAGUUCAAGUUUUUGAGGAGGGAUACAUUUGCAAUGGGCGGAUUCUUAGACGCGCAAAGGUAGGAGUCUCACGUGCUGUGGAGACCAGGGGAAGAAGCAAAAACGCAUGA